AUGGAUUCUCUGGGCUGGCCAAGCCGCGAUCAUGUCCCUCUGGUCCUUUCAAGCCUCUUCGUGGCUAACGUCUCGCAGGUUGGGUUCGCCUCCGAUCCCGAGACAUCUACGAUUUCCACGCUACUCGAAUCCUUAGCUGGGAAAUAUGAUGCAUCGACUACAAACUUGACGUAUAUCAUCUCUCCCGCCAAUAUCCCCCCUGUUACACCUACCUGCACAUUACGUCAAUCCAUUCCUGAGAGCUGUCUACCGAUUUUGGUAGAAGACCAUUCAAACGUAGACCGAUCGAAAAAUCGGACAUUGGUAGUCGAAGGAGGCGAACUCAAGCUCAAGUCAUGGAGAGUCCAAAGAACUCACCAGCAAGAAUUCACUGGAUGCAAUGCUCGAGCAGAACGGGCUGUGUCUUACUUUACGGCGCCAGCGAUUACCAGGUAUGAUUGUGGAGUCGCAGAAACCACACACCAACAAUUCGUGCAGAUAAGCUGCUCGCAAAUUGCCGUUGACCAGCUUGUCCGAGCCAUUAAGGAGAAAGAACCUGUCCUCGCUUACAGCCAUGUGCUCAAGUUGAGCUUUGCUUCAGCGCGCGGCUCGGCAUUCUCUCACUUCCAUGACGACACAGAUCUUUUGUUGAACUUUUACUUUCCAGAUUUCAAUCAUGCAUUUUCACCAGCUGGAACUUACUCGGAACAGUUAGGACGGGAUGCGUACGCAAGCGGCAGUGACACCUACAAAGAUAUCGUGAGCCUUAGUGCCAGACAAGUGCUCGGCGCGACUGUUUUCAGCAGCAUUCCCAAUAGUCUUACCCUGUUCCUCGAGAAGAUCUCUUCUACGGAUGAUUAUCAGCCGGUCGACGUGGUGUUUUCAGCAUUCCCUUUCUUUCUCCGAAAAAUCCCUAGAUGGCUGGCCUAUCUCACAAAACCGUUAUCAGAACGCUUGCUCGGCGGCCGAUACCCUGAUAACUACACCAUGCCCAACCUUGGUAGCCAUUCCUCAUGUAGGGCAGGACAUACGGAUGGCAACGAUGAGUACAUUCUGCAAUAUGGCAAGCACGAGGGUUCUCAAUCUAUGUGGAGCACUUUAGGCGAGCCCAUGAGUGUUGAAGAGUUCCAUGAGCAAACUGAUUCGGCCAGCCUAUUCGGCAGUAUGUACGGCUUAGACGACCAGUAUGGAGAAGUUACUGCUGGUCGUAAAGUCUGCAUCAUCGGUAUCGAGGCGAUGAGUGGACUUGCAGUCGUGAUCGACGCCCACGACAAUAAACGGGAGAAAGAAGGCUUGAGUCGAGACGGCGGGAUAGCUAAGCUUGCGUAUGACUUUCAUGAUAGCUGGACGUUUCCACGUUCGCUUUUCUCAAUUGCACUCCCUCGCUUCCACAUUGACAGAGAUGAGGUGGUGCAAGACAGGCAUCGCCCGAGCCAUCAACGACCACUCAUCGGGCAUGACAAAAUCAUCGACAAUUGUAUUCCUCGUCAUGUUUCUACUGUUCGAUUGAAGCGGUACACCACUGUCCUGCAGAAGUGUAGUCUGCCAUUGGAUUCGCGCCAUCUCUAUACCAAGUCAGACUGGGAGUUUCAGGCGGCUGUGGUGGCAUGCAAAGGCAUGCGAAUACAGAUUUCGAGCCGGGCCUCGCGCUGGAUAAACGAGACCAUAGCUAGUCUCCCAAUCAUCGAGUCAUACAACAUCGAUGGCGACGGCUGA